AACGUAAUAGCGAAUGGAAAAAAGUUGGCAUCACCAAGAUUAGCAAAAGUAAUUUUCGCACGAUUCUUAAAAUAUUUUUAUUAUAUUUUGAGUAUUUGAAUAAGUUGACGGAAAGGCAUGCUAAGAAGGAUGAGCUCUUAUAGUGGUCAAAAACUGGCGACUGUGGUCAAGGAGCUGGAAAACUUUGCGCCAAUUUCGUGGGCUGAGAAGUGGGACAACGUGGGACUCCUAAUUGAACCGCACCGGGAAAAACAAAUCACGAAAAUACUAUUAACUAAUGAUUUAACCGAACCUGUGAUAAACGAGGCUUUGGAGAAGGAUGUGCAGCUAAUAAUCAGUUACCAUCCGCCGAUUUUUAAGCCGCUGACUAGAAUUACUCAGUCUCAUUGGAAGGAACGAGUUGUGGCCGCCUGUUUGGCCAAUGAUAUAGCUUUGUAUUCACCCCAUACGGCCUGGGAUAAGGCGAAUGGUGGCGUGAAUGAUUGGCUAUCAGAGGCUGUGAAUAGGAUAAUCAGUAUCCGUCCUCUUGAACCGGAGUUGGGAGCUCCACCGGGCACAGGAUCCGGCAGAUUUAUAGAAACCGAAUUGGAGCUCUCCCAGAUAGUGGAAUCUUUGCAAAAACACAUCAAAAACAGUGUGCAAAUUGCUUCAGCUGUGAACCACCAGCCCAACACACUGAUCAAAUCUGUGGGCAUUUGUGCCGGUUCGGGAGGAUCACUGCUAAAGGGAAUCCGUGCGGAUCUCAUUAUCACCGGCGAAAUGUCGCAUCACGAACUACUUGAGUUUACCCAUAAUAACACUACCGUGCUGCUCUGCAAUCAUAGUAAUUCUGAGAGGGGUUUCCUUACUCAGUUCUCACCUAAAUUGGCGGAGUGUCUAAAGGGGACUUGUGAGAUUCUGGUAUCUGAUAAGGAUAAGGAUCCUUUGGUCACCGUGGCAAAGAAUUUAGACAAGGAAAAAAAUAUUUUUGUUGAUGCCUAUAUUCAAUAAAAUAAAGCAUUUGAAAUUG